CUAAAUGCUAAUUAUAAUUAGUCAUUUUAACUUAAUCGCGUCAUAUUCGCGUGGUUGGAACUUGGGUGCUACUAUAAAAGCUCACACCCUCCUCCAUAAGCAAAGAACAUCAAAGCUUAUUUAUAAUUCACUUGCUUGCUUAUUUAUUUCAUCAUCAUCAAUAGAAACAUAUAUACAUAACUAUACAGAUAAGUAUGGCAGAGGAGUACAACAAAAGCCAUGAUCGUGAGUAUGAAGGGAAGGCUGGUGAUUACGAGGAGGGAUCAGGCGCGCGCGCAGCUGAAGGUGGUGAGAUCAAGGAUCGGGGCUUGUUUGAUUUCCUGGGGAAGAAAGAGGAGGAGAAGCCUCAGGAGGAGGUGAUCGUCACUGAGUUUGAGAAGGUCAAAGUGUCUGAUCACGAGGCACCUCGUCCUCAUCAUCAUGAACCAGAGUCAUACAAAGUAGAACAAGAGGAGGAGAAGGAGAAGAAGCACGGCAGUCUUUUGGAGAAGCUUCACCGAUCCGACAGCAGCUCUAGCUCUUCGAGCGAUGAAGAGGGAGGUGAAGGAGAUGAGAAAAAGAAGAAGAAGAAAGAAAAGAAGGGACUGAAGGAUAAGAUCUCUGGUCAUCAUGAUCAGAAGGUGGAGGACACAGCCGUCCCAGUGGAGAAGAUCUACGAGGAGCCAACUCAUGAAGAAAAGAAAGAGGAAGAGAAGAAGGGUUUCCUUGAGAAAAUAAAGGAAAAGCUACCAGGGCAGCAGAAGAAGACGGAAGAGAUUCCAGCUUCGUAUGAUGAUCAGCAGAGUCAUGAUCAGCAUGCUGAGCCCGCAGUAGUAGGUGGCGAGCCCAAGGAGAAGAAGGGUAUCUUGGAGAAGAUCAAGGAAAAGAUUCCUGGUUACCACCCUAAGACGGAGGAAGAGAAGGAGGCCAUCAAGGACAAGGAGAAGGAAAAGGAAACGUCUUCCUAUUAAAUUAAUUAAGAAAAACCACUUAUACAAACCCUGUGUUUAUGUGAUUGUGUGUGGCUUUUUCUGAUGAGUGGUUUAUUUGCUUUUCUUCUUUUGAGUUUGAGAGAUAUCUACUUAUUGUUUUGAUGUUUGUUUAGGACUUCCAAGUCCACACUACUGUAGCUACCAUUUCCAUUUGCUUCUUUAAUUUCUAUGUGAUAUUUAAACAUUGUUCAUUAAUAAAUAAUUGCUUCUUCCUUUGUA